AUGGUACAGAAAUUUGUCGAACAAGGUGUGAAUGUAAAUGUCACCCAUUCAAAGUUUUGGGGCAAAACUCCUCUAUUCAUGGCUGUUUAUAGUAGAAAUGAAAAAGUUGUUGAAUUACUCUUAAAACACGGUGCUAAUCCAAAUGCGUUGGGUAGCACAUGCUUGAACAAAGCAAUUAUUUACGAAGACGUGAAAAUAGUUGAGAUUAUUUUGAAGUACGGAGCCAAUCUGAACAUACUCGAUGAAAAUGGCAGAGCACCUUUACAUGAAGCUAGUCAGGAUAGAAGUGCAGAAAUCUUGGAAAUGCUGUUGAAAGAGGGAGCAAAUCCAAAUAUAUUCGACAAGUCAGGAAAAACUCCUCUGCAUUAUCUCUUUUCAAUUUAUCCAACACCUUUUACUCCAAAAUACAUAAAUAAAGUUAAAAUACUUUUGGAAAAUGGCGCUGAUGCAAAUAUUUUUUGGAAGAAUAGCAGGUUUUAUUUAGGCAAUUGGCAUUUCAAUUUCGAUUCAACUUUUGUAGAAAUUUUACUUUUAUUUUUAAAACACGGUGCCACUUUGGACAAAAGUGCAGAAUAUUAUCUAUCUUAUAUAAUUGGUUGGACAGAAAAUGAGAAAUACCUGGAAUUAAUAGAAUUACUUCUCCAGAAAGGUGCAAAUCCAAAUACUUCUGACUUUGCAGGUAAUCCGUUACUUCACCGUGUCAUAUUAAGUCGUAGCAAAGAAGCAAUUGAAGUAUUUUUAAAAUAUGGUGCCGAUCCCAACAUCAUUGACAGAAACGGCAAGACUCCUUUGAUCAGGGCUAUUGCAUCCAGAGAUUAUCAAACAGCUAGUUUACUUUUAAUUAAGGGUGCAGAACCAAAUCGACCCAGCGUACAUGGUGAAAUACCUCUACAGACAGCUAUUUACUUUCAUAACUUGGAGUGCGUUGAAUUACUUCUAAAAAAUGGGGCUGAUCCAAAAAUUCAACGGUCUGAUGGAAAAUCACCUUUGUUAAUAGCUCUUGAGGACUACAAUUUUGAAAUCAUCGAAGUUCUACUAAAAUAUAACGUUGAUUUGAAUAUUUCAUAUCAAGAUCGCAAAACUAUUUUGGAAAAUAGUGUAAUGCGUAAUCAUCCCGAAAUCUUUAAAAGAAUUUUGGAAGUACCGUAUCCAUCUUCCACUCGGAGUGAUAAUGUAUCAUUAUUGCUUUUAGUUGUCAGGUACCGCAGAAGCAUAAUGCUGAAAUCACUUCUUGAAUGCGGUUUUGAUGCAAGCGUUAUCGACGACGAUCGCAAAACUGCUUUGCAUUAUGCCGCUUAUGAAGGCAAUGAAAAAAUGAUUGAAGUACUAAUAAAAUGUUGCAAUCCCAAUUUACUGGACAUAGAUGGCAAUGCCCCUCUCCAUCUGGCGGUUGAUCAAGGUCAUAUAGGAGUAAUUGAAGCACUUUUGAAGAACGGAGUCGAUCCAGAUGUUCUUGAUGGAAAUGGCAGAACUUGUUUGCAUACAAUUUGUGAGAAUGGAUUGUAUUAUAAAAGUAACCGUUUAAUUACAUGGAAUAGUAGGCCCAGUAUUGGUCGCUCAGUUAUGAAGCUUAUCCAUCUUUUUGUCAAGUAUAAUUGCAAUGUCAACGUGAAAGAUAAAAAGGGUAACACGCCACUGUUCACAAUAUUCAGUACUUACGAUAUCGUAGAAUAUAAUAUGGAAAUGCGAGAAUAUCAAAGAGACGCAAUGCAAAUUUUGCUAAAACAUGCAAAUAUUUCGGAAGUCAACCUUAAUCGACAAUCAAUAUUACAUUUGGUAGUUGAUUCUUGUUUACGUGUACCUCUCAGUGAUGCUUCGGAGAAUGUCAAAGAUGAAAUUGGAAUUGAGAUGGUUGAAAUUCUUUUAAAAAGUGGAACCAACGUAGAUGCCGAGGACAUAUGGGGCCAGUCCCCAUUAUUCAUUGCUGUAACUCAUUUGAAUUACGAUGUGGUUAAAUUACUCCUGGAGUAUGGAGCAAGUGUGUCGAAUAUUUGCUUUAAUAAAGAAGACUUUAAGGAUGUUAAAAAAUUACUACCGCGAGCAGAGAUCUCUCUAUAUUUUUUGGAAAUUAUGGAUAUUUUGGAAAAAGAAGGUUAUAAGAAUAACCUACGUGAAUUUGAGAUAGUUAAAUAUUUAUUUCUACCAACUUCUAAUUGA